ACCCAAGGGAGGGUGGAGCUGAGCAGGAAGAGGAGGAGCUGCAGAAGAGACUGAGGAAGGAAGCAGGAUGGAGCCAGGAGACCUGGAGGAGGCGCAUGGAGCCUAAAGACAUAUGAAGAAACUGCACUUGUCUUUUGGUCGUGGACUGGGUGACACAGAUGUGGAUACCUGGUUUCCAGUGUUUGGCUAAAAACAUGCCUGACCCAAUUACAGCUAGAGAGCACAUCUGGCUGCCCUUCAUGGAGACAGAGCUGCACUGUGAUGAGAAGACCAUCGUCAUAGGCCACAGUUCCGGGGCCAUUGCGGCCAUGAGAUAUGCAGAAACGCAUCAAGUAUAUGCUAUUGUUUUAGUGUCUGCAUAUACGUCAGACUUGGGGGAUGAAAAUGAGCGUGCAAGUGGAUAUUUCAACCGCCCCUGGCAGUGGGAGAAGAUCAAAGCCAACUGUCCUCACAUUGUGCAAUUUGGCUCCACUGAUGAUCCUUUUCUUCCCUGGAAAGAACAACAAGAAGUGGCUGAUAGGUUGGGAGCCAAAUUGUACAGAUUCACUGACCGUGGCCACUUUCAGAACACAGAGUUUCAUGAACUGGUUAAUGUGGUAAAGUCUAUGUUGAAAGUACCAGCAUAGACAGGAUCAUUUUUGCUGUUCUGCAUACUAAUGUAGGGGUAGAACAAUUAUCAGAUCAUUAAUAGAUAAUAAUCUAUUAUCAGGUAAUUACUGUACACAUAAAACAGAUCAAAUUCCAAAAAUGCCUAAAAGCAGACACAAGUUAGUGUUCACACUGUUACAUAUAACAUUUCCAUUUCUAUAGAAUCUGUCUCCCCAAAUGUAUGAACUAAAGCAGUUAUUUCUCACUUGAUAAUUGACAUAAAAGUAGCUUAAUGACACUUAACAAUUCAAAGUGAAUGAGACAGAAAUGGAACCUAGGUUUCAUGACUCCUAGUCCAGAUUAAAACCAGAUAGGUUUCAUGUAUAUCAUAGGAAUUGUACUUACUCCUCUUUAAAAUAAAACUUUUCUAUUUUACUGGGAAAAGAAAGCCUAAGGCCAGAGUUGGCUUAGAGCUCAAAACACUAGCAGUUUCAGGCUGGCCCAGGAUUUUAAACCCAGACCAGGGCCACCACUUUUAACACCCUAACCCCCAGGCCUUCAAACAUGUUGAGAGGAUGGUAUAUUUGCAUGUCGUGAAUUGAAUGCAAAGAUCAGGCGGGACUACAAGCAUGGCCUAUGUAGCUGACUAGAGUAGUCUAAGACAAGCGUGGUGAGUGGCAAUGUGGAGAACUCAUGCCCAGUUUGAAUUGUUGCCAUGUACAAAUGUUGCAAGAUGUUGCCAUUUUCUGAAUUUUUGAGACAAAAACUUCAUAGUGAUUUUUUUAUUCAGGGAAUAUAUAUGCAUGGAUGUAUAUACAACCCAUAUAUAUGUAAAUUAUACCCAGUCUAUAUACAUGUGGAUUAAGUUGGCAACUUCAGUAUAAAUCAAAAAUUUACAAACACUGCAAGACACACAGUCCAAGCCAUCCAUGGUAUCUGCCAUAAGUCUUAACUUAGGUACACUCAAUAAUUCUCUAUAAAGCCCAAGAAAUGAAUAUAUUAUUAAAGGAUGAAAUCUUGGGAACAAUUUGGAUUUUGUUACAGGCUUAAGUAUUUUUAAAAAUAAUUUUUCUGUACUUCAAAUUUUGUUCUUUUAACUUCCAUGUUCCUUUACCUGUUUUUCAAGUACCAUUCCAUGAUUUUUUCUUCUGAUCCUUUUCAUUGCCUAACAUUUUUUUGUUAUUCUUAAAUAUCGCCUUAAACAAUUUCCAAUGAAUCCAUGCUUAAUGUUGCUGGACCUGACAUUUGCUGCAGUUAUGUGAAUUCCCGAACUGUUUAUGCUUCGAGGGGACUAAAAGCCAUCAUUUUAACCUAAAAUGCCUUUUAUGCUCAAAGGAAAAAAAAAAUCAGGAAAGACUUGCUAAUCUUUCAGCAACAAUUAUCUUUGGGAAGUGGAAUUUUGCUUAGUACAGUAAGAUGGACAUCUUUUUACUUUAAGCAUCUGGGGAUUAUUUGAAAUUUUACACUAAAUAUGUAAUACUUUUAUAAUUAAGAUAGUUAAGAUUUAAGAUAACUUACAGGACCAGUUAGUGAAAAGCAAUAUAAGAUCUUUAUAAAGAGGCUCUUUAGCAUUGAUUUUAUUGUCUAUAAUCCAAGUUUGAUCCUAUUUGAAUGAUUUGGAAUUAAUAUUUGUUCUGUUUAUUCUCUACUUGGUUUUCUGAGGUGCUUUCUUAAAAAAUUACAAACUUUACAGAUAAAAGCUCAAUAUGUUUUAUCCUCUUCCUCCACAGAAAAAACAAAUACAUACAAUAGACAAAUAAUUAACUUUGAUAUUCUUCACUUCUGUAAAAACUAAUAGAAACUUUUAUGAUUGUUGAGUUGUGCUGCCCACUAUGGUAGCCAAUAAACCCAGGAGCUAUUCAGUUGAAAAUUCAGUCCAUUCACACUAGCCACAUUUAAAGUUCUGAAAAGACAGGCUACUAGGGUACCUUAUUGAAUAGCAGAUAUUCUAUCAUUAUAGAUAAUUCUACUGGAUUGCAUUGGUCAUACAGUAUGUAUUUAUAUUCUCCCCUCAGCUACCAUCUAAUAAUGAGUUCAAAAUGAAAGUGACUUUGAUACUACUUCAGCUUUGAUUAGCUUGAUGAGUUGAUCACCAUAAAAAUGAUAGCUCCAUUGUUUACUCAUCACCAAACUAAUAUCAGAGGAGUUUCAAGGAAGAAUGGCAUAUACAGGUCAUUUAAACAAGGAAUCACAGAAUCUCAUGAUUCUUUUAACUCUAUGGAUCAUUAUUAGGGGCUCUUGACAGACUCCAGGGAAUAUCUUUGCUCAGGCAAGCAAAAUACUUACACAAAAUACCUUACAUGUUGAACUCAACCAUGUAGGUGAGGAUUAGGACCUCACCUACAAUUUGAUCUUUCAGUGUCAUGAGUCUAGGGCUCCACAGUUUUGGUCAGUUUACUCCUGUAGUGUAAAUAUCUAUUUAACCAUACAUCACAUGUGCUGCAGUAAAAUACUGCCUCUUUUCUCCCUCAAUUAAUAUUCAGAAUGAAAAGCUUAAAGGUGCAUUAAGAACAACUUUGUUUUUACCAUUUAUUAUAACUUUUUAAAAUCAAUCUCUGGGGCCUCCCUGGCGGUGCAGCAGUUGAGCACUGGGCUGCAACGCUGCUUGCAGCCUCUGCAGCACCGGUUCAAUCC